AUGGCGCGAAGUUUGAUUACUGGAUGCUUGAGGGCAGUUGACGAAGGCGCAACUGUUUCAGGAUAUGAAGUUGCAAUGAGCCAAAUCCUUGAUGAUUGCUUUGCUGAUGAAUUAUUUUAUCAUUUGCCAUUAACAAUCAUCGGCGAAGUAAUUGAAGCAGCAGAAGACCCUAUACCAGUUGAAAAAGCUACGAAACUACUAGAUGAAGUGUAUAAAGUGCAAGGGCCAGAUUCGGUUUUAUUAUUACAGUAUAUUCAAGCAGGUGCGAUAAAUUAUGAAGAAGCAUUAAUGAUAUUAUCUCCGUUCAGGACUUUUAACUGUAUUGCUCCUCUUUUCGAAGAAGUCGACCCGAAUCAACUUCAAGGUUUUAUUUUAAACAAGGAAAGGCAGAUAGAAUACUUAAACGAGCAAAUACGAGCCCUCAAAGAAGAAAACCAAAGAAUGAAAGAAGAUUUUUAUUGUCUCACAAAAGGAACUCUCGCUCAAGAAAAAUCACGUGCCCUUAAAAAGGCAGAACUACGUAUUUCCCAACUACGUGAUUUAUUCAAACUUGCUCAAAAAGGACAAAGCGGAAAAUUAUUAAGCGAUAUGAACGUUAUCGAUGCUGUUAAAAGCGGAAAUCUUGAAGCAGUUAGAAUCUUAUGCGGUAAUGACCCAUCAAACCUCGAAGUUAGCGACGCAGAAUACGAAUCUACUCCAUUACAUUGGGCUGCAGGCUGGGGCAUGUACGAUAUCGUUAAACUUCUACUUGAUUUCGGUGCUGAUAUUAAUGCCCGUAACAAAGUUGGCCAUACUCCUUUACUUUGCGCUGUAUUUGAUAAUCAACUCGAAUGCGCUCGACUUUUGAUCGACCGUGGCGCAGAUGUAAAUGAUUGCGACAACGAGGGCUUUGCGGCUAUCCACAUUGCAGCUGGAAACGGACACAUGGAUGUACUGAAAUUCCUUGUAACUAAAGGCGCUGACCUCGGUGCACUUACAAUUGAUGGAGGAACAGCAUUGUGGGUCGCUGCUGGUGCUGGUGACUACGAAAUUUUCGAAUUUUUGUUAUCAGGAUGCAGAAUUCCACUGAAAAAAGCCGCAAAUAGGAAUAAUACGAUCUUCCAUCAAGCAGCUUUUGGUGGAAACCUACAAAUUAUCAAACUCUGCUUCAAAGCCGGACUUGAUAUCAAUGCAAAGAACGAUGACGGUGAAACACCUUUGGCUCUGGCUAAAAAUAAAAUGGUCGCAGAGUACCUUUCUCAAAAAGGAGCUGUAUUGUAA